AUGAUGCCCGAAGAACCGUUCAGAGACACCGCCGGAAAGGCCAGAAACAAGGCUGGAGAGCUCGUGGAUGAUAUCAGGGAGAAUGUGAACCUGGACACAGCCAAGGAAAAGUUGAACAGUGCUGGGCAAGGCAUCAAGAACACAGCCAGAAGUGCUAAAGAUAGGGCUGAAGAGCUCGCUGAAGACCUCAGUGAUAAUGAGUACGUCGAUAUGGCCAAGGAAAAGGUAGAUGAUGCCCGAAGAACCGUUAGAGACACCGCCGGAAAGGCCAGAAACAAGGCUGGAGAGCUCGUGGAUGAUAUCAGGGAGAAUGUGAACCUGGACACAGCCAAGGAAAAGUUGAACAGUGCUGGGCAAGGCAUCAAGAACACAGCCAGAAGUGCUAAAGAUAGGGCUGAAGAGCUCGCUGAAGACCUCAGUGAUAAUGAGUACGUCGAUAUGGCCAAGGAAAAGGUAGAUGAUGCCCGAAGAACCGUCAGAGACACCGCCGGAAAGGCCAGAAACAAGGUUGGUUAG